AUGUCGGUUGGUGAUUUGUUCUUCUGGUUGAUCUUGUUGAGUGUUGCAGAAGCAUCAAAUGUUUCGUAUAAUCAACCAAAACUGGAUGCUUAUGCAGUGUGGAAUCCAAAUGCGAUACUUUUUGCAAAUUCAUCUCUGGUCGGCGCCAAUCCUCGUAGUCUUUUCGUUGAUACGAAUGACACAGUCUAUGUUGUUGAUCAAACAAACAAUCGAACUCUUAUUUGGUUCAACAACAGUAUAAAUCCAUCAAGAACAAUCUAUGGCGAGAUGAGCAAACCUAUGUCCAUCUUUGUAACAACAAGUGGUGACAUGUACAUUAGUGAUUAUAAUACGAAUAAUCAAACUCGUAGAUGGUCACAGAAUUCAAAUGGUAGUAGUCUUGUGAUGUCUACUAGUUCAGGAUGUUAUGGUCUGUUCAUUGAUAUCAAUAACACUUUGUAUUGUUCACUUUAUCUUGUCCAUCGAAUUGUGAAGAAGUGGUUGGGUAACAAUGCAUCAACAAUAACAACGAUUGCUGGGAAUGGAUCAAGUGGAUUUGGAUUGAAUCAGCUUAACAAUCCCGGUGGAAUUUUUGUUACCACUGAUUUUGAUUUGUAUGUAGCUGAUUAUGCAAAUAAUAGAAUUCAACUUUUUCAACCUGGCCAAUCUAAUGGAAUAACAGUUGCAGGAAGUUCGUCAAUAAAUGUGACAAUUAUACUUCAAGGUCCUAAUGCUGUCAUAUUGGACGCUGACAGCUAUGUAUUCGUAACGGAUUACUCGUAUAAUCGAAUAGUUGGAUCAGGACCAAAUGGUUUUCGAUGCAUCGUUGGAUGCACUCUUGUGCAAGGCACGGCAAGUAACCAGCUUAAAGGUCCGUGGAAUCUGGCUUUCGAUAGUCACGGGAAUCUAUACGCUAAUGAAUGGGGCACAAGUCGUAUUUUGAAAUACACUUUAUUGAAUAACACUGGAGUGAAAUCAUAUAACCAACCGAAAUUAUGUUCUAAUGCCACUUGGAGUGUAAAUGGAAGUACGUUUGCCAAUCGAAGUAUAGUUGGUAGCUACCCAUCAGAUAUAUUUAUUGAUACCAAUGGCUCAAUUUAUGUCGUUGAUAAAGACAAUGAUCGAAUUCAAGUAUGGUUUAACAACAGUAUUAAUCCAACACGCACAAUCUCAGGUAUUUCGUUCAAUGUGAGCUCCAUAUUCGUUGCAAACGAUGGCAAUAUUUAUAUUGAUAAUGGUAUGUCGAAUGGCUACGUUAACAGAUAUAUAAUGAAUACAAACAGUAGUACUCCUGUUAUGGCUAUUAAUUCAUAUUGUUCUGGCCUGUUUAUUGACACAAGUGACACGCUAUACUGUUCACUUUCUACUCAAAAUAAUGUUGUCAAAAAAUGGUUAGGUGAUAGCACAGUGAUAGCCACAGUAGUGGCCGGAAAUGUCAACGGUGCUAAUGGCUCUUCUUUGGAUCGAUUAUCUGGCCCACGCGGAAUCUUCGUGAACGAUGACUUCGUAUUAUAUGUGGCUGAUUCUCAGAACGACCGAAUUCAAUUGUUUGAACUGGGCCAAUCUAAUGGCGUAACAGUUGCAGGAAAUACUUCCCUAAAUAUCACAGUCAUACUGGAUACUCCUACUGGCAUUACGCUUGAUGCUGACAAUUAUUUAUUUAUUAUGGAUCGUGAUAACGAACGGAUACACAAGUCGCAUCAAUAUCCACCACAUCGACGUCCACUAGCUCUACGUCUACAACCACGUCCACUAGCCCCACGUCUACAACCACGUCCACUAGCCCCACGUCUACAACCACGUCCACUAGUCCCACAUCUACAACCACGCCCACUAGCCCCACGUCUACAACCACGUCCACUAGCCCCACGUCUACAACCACGUCCACAUCCGCCUCAUCAACGACAUCGGAAUCGACUAGCACCACAUCCAUAUCAGAAUCUUCAUCGAGAUCAAUCUCAAUGUCGUCAUCGACACAUACAACACCGCCCACGCUAUCAAAUGCCACAGAUACGUUCACGCCUACCUAUCCAACUACUACCAGAAUAUUGUUAA